AGACUUGGCUCAGCUGAUUUCAAGCACCUUACUCAGACUAAGUUUUGCUUCUUUUUCAGAAAAGGCAGUGACAAACUGACGACGUGCUGAGCUGCCAGCUUGGUGGAAGCUCCGCUGUGGGUGGAGAGCAGCCUCGCUUCGGGGACGCACAGUGCUGGGACCCUCUGGGAGCCUGGGGAUUGAAGGAUGGUGGCAGCCGUCCUGCUGGGACUGAGCUGGCUCUGCUCUCCCCUGGGAGCUCUGGUCCUGGACUUCAACAACAUCAGGAGCUCUGCCGAUCUGCACGGGGCCCGGAAGGACUCACAGUGCCUGUCUGACAGGGACUGCAAUACCAGAAAGUUCUGCCUCCAGCCCCGCGAUGAGAUGCCGUUCUGUGCUACGUGUCGUGGGUUGCGGAGGAGGUGCCAGCGAGAUGCCAUGUGCUGCCCCGGGACAUUCUGCAUGAAUGAUGUUUGUACUACAAUGGAAGAUGCAACCCCAAUAUUGGAAAGACAGCCCGAGGAACAAGAUGGCACAGAUGCAGAAGAAACAACUGGGCACCCAGUUCAGGAAAACCAACCCAAGAGGAAGCCAAGUAUUAAGAAAUCACAGGGCAGGAAGGGACAAGAGGGAGAAAGUUGUCUGAGAACUUUUGACUGUGGCCCUGGACUUUGCUGUGCUCGUCAUUUUUGGACGAAAAUCUGUAAGCCAGUCCUUUUGGAGGGACAGGUCUGCUCCAGGAGAGGGCAUAAAGACACUGCUCAAGCUCCAGAAAUCUUCCAGCGUUGCGACUGUGGUCCUGGACUACUGUGUCGAAGCCAACCGGCCAGCAAUGGGCAGCAUGCACGGUUAAGAGUAUGCCAAAAAAUCGAAAAGCUGUAAAUAUCUCAACAUGAAGAAGAAUCCUCAUUGCA